AGCACGUUGACUUUGGUGGCUUUAAAAACUACACGUGAUUUGUAAUGAAAUCAUAAUAACAUAAAUAGUUAUUGUUUAAAAUGUCAGAACCGAAAGCAAAAAAACAAAAGAUAAAAUAUGAUCCUGUGGAAGAAGCUAGGUUAGAAAGAGAAGUGUUUGGUGAUGCUAAAGAUGUAAUUGAAAAGCUAAUGAAAAAAGAUUCUGUUGAAGAAAACACGGAAAAUAAUCUUCAAGCAUUUAGUGAUAGUAGUGAUGAAGAUAAAGAUGAUGGUGAAAGUGACGAAAAAGUUCUUAGUGAUGAUGAUGACGAUGAGAUCAAAACAGAACCUGAAGAGGAAGAAGAAGAUGAUAGAAAAAGUUCAGAUUCUGAUUCAAAUUCUGUAAAUAUUGAGGAAUUAGAUGAAGAGGAAUUAAAAGAUGCUUGGGUUGAUGAUGAUGAUGAAAAAUAUUCAAUUAAAAAAGCAUUGAAGCUUCAAAAUCGAAGAUUACCUAAAGGAAGAACAGAAAAGAAUUACAAAGAGUUGUUGGAAAACAAGUUUAAACAACUUGUUGGUACUCCAAAAUGGGCUCAAAUAAAAGAAGAUUCGACAGAAGAUGAUGAAGAUGAAAUUUUAAGGCAUAGCAAUCAUUUAGCAUCCAAUAAAACAAAAACAUUACCGGGAAAAUUGAUUGAUCUAAAAGUUCUCAAAGAUGUUAACGUGAAUACCCGUAAUGAAGGUUCUGUAAUUACUAGUGUCCAAUUUCAUCCAACUUCAACAGUAGCUUUAGUUGCAGGAUUGUCAGGAGUUUUGUCUAUUUGUCAGAUUGAUGGAAAAGAAAAUCCUAAAUUACAAAGUAUAAAAUUUGAAAAUUUUAGGAUAAAUAGUGCUAAAUUUUUAAAAGAUGGUACUGAAGUUCUUGCAGGAUCAAGAACUAAAUCAUACAGCCAGUGCUAUGAUUUAAUGACUGGAAGAACUUAUAAAAUACCUUUACCAGAUGUCAUAACAAAUAUGGAAAAUUUUGAAGUUUCUCCUGAUGGAAAGAAGAUUGCUGUCUUAGGCAGAAAAUGGGGUGAAGUAUUUUUAUUAACAACUUCCGGAAAGGAACUUAUUCAUACAUUCAAAAUGCAUCAUAAAUGCAAUGCAGUAGCAUUCACUCCGGAUAAUAAACAUUUAAUAACUCAUGGAAAUAGCGAAGAAAUUUACAUUUGGGAUUUGAAUGAUCGAAGAUGUGUACAUAAAGCUAUUGAUGACGGUUGUAUAACUAAUGGAGCAGUGGCAAUAUCUCCAAGUAGCCAAUUCUUAGCAACUGGAAGUAAACAAGGAGUGGUUAAUAUUUAUGAAACAGAGUCUGUUUUUAGUCAACGUGUUCCUCAACCUUGUAAAAUUGUAAAAAAUCUUGUAACGCCAAUUACUGCUAUGAAAUUUAACUCUACAUCCGAAAUAUUAGCAAUAGCUUCCAAUUUAACAGAAAAUGCUUUCCGGAUGGUUCAUUUCCCAUCACUGAAUGUAUUUUCUAAUUUCCCAACAUCGCAUACUGUUAUGAAUCACCCAUUAACAAUAGACUUCUCCCCGGGCAGUGGAUUUAUGAGUGUUACGAAUGAUAAGAAUAAUGCAUUUUUAUAUCGACUGAAACAUUAUGGAAACUAUUAAUUAGCCAAUAUUAAUGAAACUUAAUUGCAAAUGAUAAAAUGUAGUUUAAAAUUUUUAUGUCGAUUUGAUAAUAUUUAAUAAUAAGAUUAUUUUUUAAAUGUCUCGUUUACCACCAAUUGUGAAUAUAUUUCCUUAAUAAUUAUGUUCGUCGUAUUAAUAAUAAUAAUAAUAAUUACAAAUUAUUUACAAUAACUAAAUUGUAAUAUUCAAUAUUCAAUCAUGUAAAUGUUGUUCAGCAACUGUCUAGAAGUAGAGCUUCUCUAAAAUAGAGCUGAAAAUAUUCAAUAAGAAAAAACAAAUUGGAAACUUGAAUUGUGUCAUCACAAUUUUUUCCAACUUAAUUAUUGUAAAUUAAUUUUUAUGGUUUAAAUACUGAUUAUUAUU